ACAGCCGAAGAAAAGCGAAGUGAUGAGAAAUGGCCGACCGACGUCUUAAGUGGUUUUGUGGUUGUUGGAGUGGAAAAAUGGUGUUUAUUCUCCUGUUAGUCAUCAUUUCCCAGCUUUUCGCCACAACGAAAGGACUUCAGUGCUACUGCGAAGGACAUUGUCCGGACUUCAGGAACAAUGGCACAUGCGAGGCUCGUCCUGGUGGAUCCUGCUUCAGUGUGGUGAAGAGUUACAGAGAUGAGAAUCAUGAGUUGGUGUCUGAGUUUGCCUUCGGAUGCAUGUCACCCGAGCAAAGUGGGGGACUUCUGCAGUGCAAAGUGGCCACAGCAGCACAUCUGCAUGGAACGAAUAUCCUUUGCUGUGAUCAUGAGGACUUUUGCAACAGGGAUCUCAUUCCCGAGGACACACCGCGAACAACAGAGCCUCCAAUGCCAGUGGCUCCUGGUGCACAGAUUCCCAUAUUCACUAUUGUGAUCCUGGUGAGCUCACUUGUGAUGAUGCUAUUGCUUGUCAUCCUGCUGGCGCUGUGCAUUCUCCAUCGGCGACGCGACAGGCGACGGAAGAAGCACUGUUUGGUAGAAUCUUCAUAUGGAAAUCAGAUCUCACCGCAUAUAUCUGAUUUGGUGGUGGACCAGAGCUCUGGAUCGGGAAGUGGAUUGCCGUUGCUGGUGCAGAGGACCAUUGCGAAGCAGGUGCAGAUGUUGCACAGUGUUGGCAAAGGGCGAUAUGGCGAGGUUUGGUUGGCAAAGUGGCGCGACGAGAGGGUGGCGGUGAAGGUGUUCUUCACUACCGAGGAAGCCAGUUGGUUCCGUGAGACGGAAAUCUAUCAAACGGUACUGAUGAGGCAUGAGAACAUCCUGGGAUUCAUUGCGGCUGACAUCAAGGGAACGGGAAGUUGGACACAAAUGCUGCUGAUCACGGAUUAUCAUGAAAUGGGAAGUUUGCAUGAUUUCCUACAGCGAAAGGUUUUGAAUACGGAAAUGUUGCGCAAUUUGGCUCUGUCGCUGGCCUCAGGAAUCGCUCAUCUGCACACUCACAUCCUUGGCACGCCUGGGAAGCCCGCAAUUUCCCAUCGGGAUAUAAAGAGCAAGAAUAUCCUCGUGAAGCGCAAUGGACAGUGUGCGAUCGCUGACUUCGGACUGGCCGUAAUGUACAACAGCGAAUUGGAUGAGAUUUGCAUUGCGAAGAACACGAGGGUGGGAACGAGACGAUACAUGGCGCCGGAAGUGCUCAAUCAGACGCUCAAUGCAACGCAAUUCGAGGCCUUCAAGAUGGCAGACAUGUACAGUGUUGGCCUGGUGUUUUGGGAGAUGGCCAGGCGGUGUAUCACCACAAUUAAGGGCACGAAGAACACCACCUGCGAAGACUACGCCCUGCCUUAUCAUGAUGUUGUGCCAAACGAUCCGAGUUUCGAGGAUAUGCACGCUGUGGUGUGCGUGAAAGCCAUCCGGCCACCUGUGCCGGCGCGCUGGCAAGACGAGGAGAUCCUCAGCGUGUUGGCCAAGAUCAUGCAAGAGUGCUGGCACGCGAAUCCCGCCGUGAGACUCACGGCGUUACGCGUGAAGAAGACCCUGUGCAAGCUUGAGGAGGACUUCAGCAGCAUCAAGAAGUCCGAUCAGUACUUUGUAUAGUAAGCUCUUUGGCAGCUAUGUAGCUUAAUACCCGAAGCUCCCCCGUCUUCCGGGAGAGAAAGACAGACAGACUUUGAGUGUCCCGGAUGCAUUUGAUUGUGAUUUUUCACAAGAAAAAACAUCAAGAAAAACGUACUGAUUUGCUGAUGAAACAGCCUCCCCUCCUCGCUUCGAUGUACAAAUAAUAAUUUAACAUCCAACCUUAAUGUUCCUCGCAAUGAGGAAUGAUGGCGAUUUAUUUAAGGACAAAUUACUCUUAGUCGAUUAAUUAUAUUAAUUCACCCCUUGAAUCCCCGCAACUAAUUAACAGGAGUAUAAAUAGACAUUAAGAAGAAUUGAUUUUAAUAGAAAAGGGAAUUACAAUGAUAGGCUUUUAGGGAGGGAAAAGAAAAGAAAAUUGUUAAGAAAUUGUACAGUCUUGUUUUGGGUGCUUCAAGUGUAGAUUUCUCGUUGAAUUUCGUCCAUCAAGUCUUUUGUGAAGCGCGAAUUUCACUCACAAAUUGUUCAGAGAAGACAAUAACAUGCAAAAGAACUUUAAGUGCUUUAGCGACUUUCUGUGAUGCUUCGUGUGAGAGAAUGGCGCUUAAAUAGAUGACACAAAAUCAGGAGAAGGAAACAAUUCAGCGAGAUAUUAGAAUAAUAUAUUUUUAUAGUGAAACUAUAUGACGCGAAAGAAACCUUAUAUACUUAUAAGAUGGUUUUACGAUUGGCGUAGGAUUUUAACUAUGUUCUCUCCUUUAGAUUUAUUUACACAAGAUGAAGAAAUUGCCUAUAAUUAUGAGACAUGAGAUAUAAUCGUAUUAACUGACCUCUAGAAUAGCAGUGAAUAAUUUGGAGAUGAAGAAAUAAAGUGGUAAGAAGAGAUAAACAA